AUGAGGCCUCCGAAGCGGCUGCGAGCGCCUCCGUCGCGCUACCUGGGCGCGGCGGCCAGCCCCGCAGCCUGGAGCAUUCGCGAGAAGCGGCAGCUGCUGCGACUACUGCAAGCACAGCGGGGCCAGCCGAAGCCAGACGUCACGGAGCUGGCCCGGGGACUGCCAGGUCGGAGCGAGGACGAGAUUCACCACUUCAUCCAGCAGCUCAAAAGCCGGGUGGCCCGGGAGGCCAUUCAGAAGUUGUAUCCAAGUGGUCAAAGACGCCAGCCUCCAGCCCCUAUAGAGGUGUGGACGGAUCUAGCUGGAAAGAUAACGGAUCCCGUGGAGGACGCCUUGACAGCUGCCUUCUCACAGGUGUUCACCAUUGCGGCCACGGAGCCUCUCAGCCUCAUGCACUCCGUGCCUCCAAAGCCCACGCAGGCCCGGGGGAAGCCGCUGCUCCUCAGCGCCCCCCAGGGCCGAGAGACUACAGACCCUGAAGCCCCUGCCCCCGCCCCUGCUAACACUCCUGCUGAGCCCCCAGCUGGCUCCGCCUCCGAGAUCCCCUUCACGGUGGACUUUGAGAAGAUCUACAAGUACCUGGCAGCCCUCUCCCGAAGUGGCUCCGGACCAGAGCUCUCUGCGGCUGAGUCAUCUGUCAUUCUCGACCUGCUCCUCUCGCUGCCUGAGGAACUGACUCGCCUACCCUGCACAGCCCUGGCCGAUCACAUGACUGGGGCCUACCAGCGCCUGACCACCCGCCAGCCCGGCCCAGGUGAUGGAACCCCGGGACCCGAGACUGAGGAUGGAGGCUCUGGCUCCAGGGGGCAUGAAGAGCCCAGCCAGGCUACUCCCAAGAUCCCUGCGAGGGCCGGGCCCAAUGAGCCACAGUCACCUUGGCAAGCAGCUGGGGUCUGCCCUCUGAACCCCUUCCUGGUGCCUCUGGAGCUCCUGUGCCAGAGAGACAACCCUGCCAGCUGA